AAUGUGAUUGGGCUACACGUGUGUUAUGACUGACGGAUUGGGGAGACGACGUACUCUAACAGCACAGACACGCCGCACGACCGAACCAGACUUAGCAAUGUUAUUGGACAGUACGCACGCGGAUAUCUGAAUGGGAACUGCAGUGAAUAUUUAUCAUUUUCAGUUGGACACUUUCUACGGACAAAAUGGAGCAAAUACAGCCCCAACCUUUUAACCAUAAUCUGGACAAAGUAUUGAAGAGUUAUCAAACAGUAGCGAUGUCUAGUUUAGGUGGACCUAGCAGUUUCAACGCCCGGUGGGCAGCAAGCUCCGAAGCCAUGGCGAUUGCACGCAAGCUCGUUGGACUGGAAUCAGCGGCCCCAAUGACGGCCGUGCCAGGAGCAGCAACAACCACAGACGGCCACAUGACCGGGCUCAAUGUGGCGCUUAUCAAACCAUCGGAAAAUAUCAUGGCAGCCUCGCCGCAGGGACAGCCAGCCAAGAAAUCAGCCGCCAAAUACCUUGAUUUCGACCCUUUGCUGCACCCACCGCCAUUCCCCAUCCAGCAAAUGCCCGUCUUCACACCCAUCGACCAGUCGUCCGGUGAGAAAUGUGAAACUGUUCUUGAGAAUGAGACUAUCUCUUGCUUUAUUGUGGGCGGGGAAAAGCGGCUUUGCCUCCCCCAGAUUCUAAACAGCGUCCUUCGCGACUUCAGCUUGCAGCAGAUAAACGCUAUCUGCGAGGACUUACAUAUUUACUGCUCGCGAUGCAGUCCUGACCAAUUGGAGAUUCUGAAAUUUACGGGAAUCCUGCCGGCAAGUGCCCCAUCCUGUGGCUUGAUCACGAAAACCGACGCAGAGAGACUUUGUAACAUGCUGUUAUACGGCCUUUUGGACACUAAGCAGUAUAUGCUUCCGUCACCACGAUCGCACGGCAAACACGGAAAUAUGCUCCGUGAAAACUGCAUCCCGGUCUAUCACGAGUGUUUUGGGAAAUGCAGAGGUGUCGUCAUCUCGGAACUUUACAUCAGUCCCCACUCCCCCUGCAUCGAGUGUUCAGAAUGCAAAUGUAUCUUCUCCCCGCAGAAGUUUGUGAUGCACUCCCACAAGGGGAAAGAGAAUCGCACUUGUCAUUGGGGGUUCGAUUCCGCUAAUUGGAGAAGUUACGUCCUCGUGUCCAGACAGCAAGAGACCGAUGAAAAGUACCAAGCGGCACUGGCAGACAUGAAGGCCAAGUUUGACUUUAUGAGUCGCUUCAAGAGAAAGCAUGUAAGUAGCGAGCACCAGUCAGUAACUCACUGUUUUUUAUUCCAGAGAUCAGACCAGUUAUAAAAGGGCCUGACCUUUCAACUCCACUAAGCAGAGUAUUUCUUGAAGGCUAAACAAAAAGAGUUGAAAAGGAGAACUGUCAGUCAGUUCUGUCAAACGGUGCCAAUGAGUAGACAUUUGGUGCAAGAUUGCAAAAUCAAUAUGAAAAUGUUUUCAAAAAAGGCAACGUUAAUCAGUGGGGGGUCCUCUCUGGCAGGAAGGUUACUCAUGAAAGAUCUGUCCAGGAAGUGUUGGUUUAUCGCGGCUGGCGGGGAGAGGAGGGGUUUCUAA